UCGGCCUCGCCACCAUGUGGCACGAAGCCCGCAAACAUGAGCGAAAGCUCCGUGGCAUGAUGGUGGACUACAAGAAGCGCGCCGAGCGGCGGCGGGAGUACUACGAGAAGAUCAAGAAGGACCCGGCCCAGUUCCUGCAGGUGCACGGCCGGGCUUGCAAGGUACACCUGGAUUCUGCUGUCGCCCUGGCUGCUGAGAGCCCCGUGAACAUGAUGCCCUGGCAGGGGGACACCAACAACAUGAUAGACCGCUUCGAUGUCCGCGCCCACCUGGACCACAUCCCCGACUACACCCCGCCACUGCUCACCACCAUCUCCCCAGAGCAGGAGUCGGACGAGCGGAAGUGUAACUACGAGCGCUACCGUGGCCUGGUGCAGAACGACUUUGCCGGCAUCUCGGAGGAGCAGUGCCUCUACCAGAUCUACAUCGACGAGCUCUACGGGGGCCUGCAGAGACCCAGCGAGGACGAGAAGAAGAAGCUGGCGGAGAAGAAGGCGUCCAUCGGUUACACCUACGAGGACAGCACGGUGGCCGAGGUAGAGAAGGUGACCGAGAAGCCGGCCGAGGAGGAGUCGCCGGCCGAGGAGGAGGAGAGCAACUCGGAUGAAGAUGAGGUCAUCCCCGACAUCGACGUGGAGGUGGACGUCGAUGAAUUGAACCAGGAACAGGUGGCAGAUCUCAACAAGCAAGCCACAACCUAUGGCAUGGCCGAUGGUGACUUUGUCAGGAUGCUCCGGAAAGACAAGGAGGAGGCGGAGGCCAUCAAGCACGCCAAGGCCCUGGAGGAGGAGAAGGCCAUGUACUCGGGCCGGCGUUCCCGGCGCCAGCGCAGGGAGUUCCGGGAGAAGCGGCUGAGGGGCCGCAAGAUCAGCCCACCCAGCUAUGCCCGCCGAGACAGCCCCACCUACGACCCCUAUAAACGACACCGCUACUCCCGCUCGCCCGCCCGCCGCACAGGCUACGGGCCCAGGCGCAGAAGCAGGAGCCGCUCGCGCUCUGGCGAGCGGUACAGACGGGGUGCCCGGCACCACAGCAGCAGCCGCAGCCGCAGCCGCAGCAGCUGGUCCCUCAGUCCGUCCCACAGCCGCAGCCUGACACGCAGCCGCUCGCCAUCGCCCCCAAGGGAGAAGCUGGCCAGGCCGGCGGCGUCCCCUGCUGUGGGCGAGAAGCUGAAAAAGACCGAGCCUGCCGCUGGUAAAGAGACAGGAGCUGCCAAACCCAAGCUGACACCACAAGAGAAGCUGAAGCUGCGGAUGCAAAAGGCCCUGAACAGACAGUUCAGGGCGGAUAAAAAGGCGGCCCAGGAGAAGAUGAUCCAGCAGGAACAUGAGCGGCAGGAGCGGGAGGACGAACUGCGCGCCAUGGCCCGGAAAAUCCGCAUGAAGGAGCGGGAGCGCCGGGAGAAGGAGAGGGAAGAGUGGGAACGUCAGUACAGCCGGCAGAGCCGCUCCCCCUCCCCCCGCUACAGUCGGGAAUACAGCUCUUCCAGGAGGCGAUCACGGUCCCGCUCUCGAAGUCCCCAUUACCGGCACUAAGCAAAGGGGGUGGGGCGUGCUGUGGAGGGUCCAAACUAUGGGGGGCAGGGUUCCAGCUGCCAUGCUACUGGCUCUCUCUGGCGGAAUAAAGAUGAACGUUAUUUAACUCCC